CCCAACUAGAGUGCGUGCUCUAUUAGCCCACACCUUUGGUUGGGCAUAAUAUAUUUAGCCAACAGGUGCCCUUUAAGUAAGCUUUAUUUUAGGAAUGACAGCAACUUAAACUUGUAGGCUACAGUCAACACAAAGUUAGUGCUCAUUCAUGUCUGGGGUAAUAGAUGCACUUGGGUGGGCUGUGCCCUGUACUUUGGGGGCACUGGGUAGAUUGCUCUUUGUUAAUGGGCACAGGGUAAGGGGCAUGGCCUUAAAUAACCUGGCAGGCAAGAUAAAAAGCCCUAUUGCAUUCAAUGGAGAUUGGAGGAGAAGCAGAAUGAAAAGACUGUGAUCAAUUCUACAUUACAGAGAGGAACUGUCAGUUCAGAGUGCCGCUUUCAUGGCACUCCAAGCCUGGAAGGGUUUGAUCACGGCAACAGAUCCAGGAUGUUUCCUUGUGCAGAGGCAGCUGAGAGUCACGUUUUGCUUCUCAUGGAUUCCAUGAGCUGUCAGGGCCCAAAGCCGUAGUGACACAUCCCUUGCACUUCACACAUCCCUUGCACUUCACACCGAUUCUGUCUGGCAGCACAGACGCAGGAGACCUGAACCCCAAUGCUCUCUCUUGAGUGCUCCUAGAACUGCUAUGUGCUGUGUAAUGGGACCACUGGAGGCUUCUGGGAAGUUUCACCUCUUCCUCUCUGGAAUUAAAUGGCCUACAGUCAAUCACCCUAUGCCGUUCCUUUAAGAAACACUCCCGGAAAUUAAUAGUCAGUGACGAUGACUCGGCCGGCCAAGCAAGCCCCCUCUGGCAGUCAAGGGGUUACCUCUUGUAGAGCAGUGAAAGGUCAGGCAAGGGGGCUGUCUAUGUUAGGCAGGUGCUGUCCCCAUCCCCCAUUCCCACACCGCCUGUUGUUGCAGCUUAGACUAAGCAAUGCAGGUCUCAGCUGGUGACAGUGUGACAGCUAGAAGGGAGGCAGAGCCGGGGAACAGGAAGAGCCGGCUGAACACGGGGCCGACACACAUGGACGCAGGAUGGUGGGACUUCACACCUUACUGACUAGCUGCCAGUGCAGCUGUUACUUCUUCUGGCUCCUGCUGCGCCGCCUGGCUGCACGCGUUGAAGGUGGAGACUCCCUGGGCAGCGAGUCCGGAACCAUCGUGGAUAGCCCUGGCCAGCAACCUCCAUACCGUGGAGAGGUGAAAAGCGACCACUACGAUCUGCCCUCUCCCACUCGUCAUCCCUCACACCCGGGGCUCCAGUGGAGUCAAAGGGCCCGGUUACAGCCUGCAAGUGUGUCACUGCGCAAGCAAGAGGAAGAGGAAAACAAGAGAUCAAAAGCCUUCUCUGAUAGUUAUGAGCUGUCUACAGACCUGCAGGAUAAAAAGGUGGAAAUGCUGGAGAGGAAGUAUGGAGGUUAUUUCCUUAGCCGGCGAGCCGCUCGCACCAUUCAGACAGCUUUCAGACAGUAUCGCAUGAACAAGAACUUUGAGCGCCUGCGCAGCUCCGCAUCGGAGAGUCGAAUGUCUCGCCGGAUUAUCCUGUCCAACAUGCGCAUGCAGUACUCCUUCGAGGAGUAUGACAAGAGCCAUAACGUUCCGUACUUCCAGGGGAAGCCCGUAUCGCUGGAUGAGGGGGUGGCAUCGUGCCAUGGUCAGGGGGAACGAGGCCUUCAGUAUGGGGAAUCAUGCAGUGGAAUGGAUGGCGAUUCAAUCAAUACCUCUGGAGAAUUCUGCAAUGAGAUCACUGACUUGGAAGACUCCUUUUCCAAACAGGUGAAAUCCCUCGCUGAAUCCAUAGAUGAUGCCUUAAGCUGCCGCUCGACGCACUGCUCGGACCCCCGGGAUGACAAAGGCAGCCUAGAGAAAGGGGAUAGCAGGGAUCAGCAUGGAGACAGCACAGCCACUUCCUUUAGCGAUGUCACACUUUACAUGGAUGAGGGUGUCCCCGUGUCCCCUAUAUCUUUGGACCGCCCCCCUAGCUCUGACCAUGACACCCCUCAGGGAACCAGCUCCAGGCAGGAGUACUGGGCCACUUCUUCCUCUAGGGAGGACAGCAGAGAGAAUGGCAGCCGGCGUAGCACGCCCUGCAUGGAGUGUCGAGACUUCCGCAUGCGGGGGGCGCACCUUCCCUUGCUCACUAUUGAACCCCCCAGUGACAGUUCUGUGGACCUGAGUGACCGCUCGGACCGAGGAUCUCUUAAUAGGCAAGUUGUUUAUGAGCAGGAAAACUGCAGCCCUCAUGGAACCAUAAAGCAAGCACCUCACAAAGGGCCCAUACGCUCUCCAAAUCCUCACCGCCACUACCACCCGGAACCUCCGCCUCCUCCGACGGACAAUGUAGGAGGAAACAAUGGCACCUCUGGGGGAGUGGGUGGGGGUGGCAUGGGAGGGGUGCGACAUAUGCAUCACGUGAAACCAGAACUUGGGGAAAAUUCUGAUGGUGAUAAUGAAAGUCUAAACAGCACCACCAACUCCAAUGAGACCAUUAACUGCAGCUCAGGCUCCUCCUCCCACGACAGCCUGCGGGAACCCACAAACACCCUCUGCAAACAAACGUACCAAAGGGAGACUCGACAUAGCUGGGACUCCCCCGCGUUCAACAACGAUGUGGUGCAGAGGAGGCAAUAUCGCAUUGGACUCAACCUCUUUAACAAGAAGCCAGAGAAGGGGAUCCAGUACCUAAUCGAGAGGGGCUUCCUCUCAGAUACCCCCGUCGGGGUGGCACAUUUCAUUCUGGAGCGGAAAGGCCUGAGCAGGCAGAUGAUCGGCGAAUUCUUAGGAAACCGGCAAAAGCAGUUCAACCGGGAUGUUUUAGACUGUGUGGUGGAUGAGAUGGAUUUCUCCAACAUGGACUUAGAUGAUGCGUUGCGGAAGUUCCAGGCGCAUAUCCGAGUUCAGGGGGAAGCCCAGAAAGUGGAGAGACUCAUCGAAGCUUUCAGUCAGCGUUACUGUGUGUGUAACUCCGUGCUGGUGCGGCAGUUUCGCAACCCGGACACAAUCUUUAUCCUGGCCUUCGCCAUCAUCCUGCUGAACACAGACAUGUACAGCCCCAGCGUAAAACCCGAGCGCAAGAUGAAACUAGAUGACUUCAUCAAAAAUCUGCGAGGGGUGGAUAAUGGAGAGGACAUCCCACGGGACCUUUUGGUUGGGAUCUACCAAAGGAUCCAGGCUCGGGAGCUGAGAACAAAUGAUGACCACGUCUCUCAAGUGCAGGCAGUAGAGAGGAUGAUCGUAGGAAAGAAGCCGGUUCUGUCACUUCCACAUCGACGUCUCGUCUGCUGCUGCCAACUCUACGAAGUUCCUGACCCAAACCGCCCACAGAGGAUGGGUGUGCACCAACGGGAGGUCUUCCUCUUCAAUGACUUGUUGGUGGUAACGAAGAUUUUCCAGAAAAAGAAAAUUCUGGUGACCUAUAGCUUCCGGCAGUCCUUCCCACUGGUGGACAUGCAAAUGCAGCUCUUCCAGAAUUCUUAUUACCAGAAUGGCAUUAAACUGCUCUCAGCUGUCCCUGGUGGGGAGCGGAAAGUGCUUAUAAUAUUCAAUGCCCCCAGUUUGCAAGAUCGUCUGCGGGUUACCAGUGACCUACGGGAGUCUAUUGCAGAAGUGCAGGAGAUGGAGAAAUAUAGAGUGGAGUCUGAGCUGGAGAAACAAAAAGGAGUAAUGCGACCCAACACGUCUCCCGGGCCAGGGAUAAAGGAAACAGUGAAUGGGACUUUGGGCCGACCCAGCCUGGAUGAUACUUAUGCACUAGGGGAAGGGCUUAAGCGAAGUGCACUAAGCAGUUCCCUAAGAGAUCUCUCUGAGGCUGGUAAGAGAGGGAGGCGGAACAGCGCUGGAUCAUUGGACAGUACGAUUGAAGGAUCUAUCAUUAGCAGCCCUCGCCCUCACCAGCGGAUUCCACCUCCUGCACCAGCCCCUCCAGAGGAAUACAAAGCUCCCAGACCAGUCUCCAAUUCUUCCUCUUUCCUGGGAUCUCUGUUUGGAACCAAGCGAGGAAAGGGCCCUUUCCAGAACGUGCCCCCUUCCCCCUUGCCUCCUCACCCACAAACUCCUCCGGGAAUGCCUGAAGGACAAUCCAAAAUCCAGGCUCUGCAUGCCCAGUACUUCCAUAAUCAGGGUGUUUUGGCUCAAGCUCCACCACCUUACCACUCUCAGCCACCCACAACUGCUCCACCACCUCAGCCACACCAGCCGCCUCCUCCACCUUCCCAUCGUUACCAUGUGCCACCGACCUCUGCACAGUUUACAUUGCAGCGCCCAGGCCAGCAAAAGAGACAACCUCCAGUAGGUGGGACACCUAUGACGCCUAGUUCUCCCCACCCGCAAUACACCCUGCAUGGCAGACACCAACCUAACCAGCCUCAGUCGCCUUUACCCAUGUAUGGUGCAGUGCCUCAGCAUGCCAUGAGUCACACUUACCCCCAGCACAUACACCAGACACAACACACAAUGCAGAAACAGCCCCCAAAGCAUUUUGUAUUUAGCCAUCACACUUCUGCCAUGCCUUCCCAACCACAAAGGCCCUCCCAGUAUAAUCAGCAACACAACCAGUCCCCUUGUUCUCCUAUAUCACCCAUCCCGCCUCACCCAUCAUAUCCUCCACUGCCCCCUCCAUCUCCCCACACGCCACACACACCUCUCACUCCGCAUUCACCCCUGCUCCCAACAUCCCCAUUGCCCCAGCAUGGUUCUCAUCACCCUAUGGGCUCUAAUACAGCGCCUGGGAACCCCAAACAGAAACCAGUCAACAGAAUCAGUACAGUGGUGUGAUAGCCAGGGAACCCCCGGGCACUCAGGGGCAGGCGCAUGUACUGAGAGAGAGCAAGUCACCGGCGUGCUCAUGCAGCAGAUAAGGGUCCCUGCUGUUUUCAACCUGUGGCUGCAUCCACUUCCACCUUUUACUGAGACAGACCUUAGAGGACAGUCGCAUCGCUGGGACAUUGCUCUCAGAAGACCAAAUGUGGCAUUUGUACUUGCAGGCGCACCUCAUACCUUGUCUUCUCUGCAUGGAACCAUUUCAAAGCAACAUGCAUGGGAUGACAAGGUCUACAAGGACAUGGAAAUGGUCAUCCAUGGCUAAUGGACAGUGGUAUCCCCAGGGCACUUUGUGGUGCCGUGGGAGGGGAUGCUGUUGUAAAGGUGAUUGUUAUUUUUUUUCCAUAUUUUUCCAGUACAUCCUUUUACCUUUUUGACAUGUGUGGAAAUGUAUGUGUAGAGUGGAAGCUUGCGUGUUAAACGGGAUUCCCUUGUAAAGAAGGAGGGGCGAAGCCCAACUCUUCUGCUGCUAUGAGGGCACGUGAGUGGGUGCAGGAUGGCUUGAUACAGAACACGUGUAAGGACCUUAGAAACUCCUCAGGGGUAGGACGUGGUAGGUCCAUCCCCUUAUUUGCUUCAGUUGAGGACCAUGUAAUUUAUGUUUAUAAAGGACUUCAUUUAAAGGUAUCUGGGUUCAUAUAUAUAUAUGUAUAUAGCAAUCAAGCUGUCAAAAUUGACAGGGCGCUCGGACUGCCCUGCCGCCUAGCACAAACGGAGCCAAUGCUGCUUUCUUUACAGAACUAAAUACAGAAUGCUAUAUAUAAAUAUCUAUAUAUAUAUAUAUAUAUAAAUACAUAUAAAGAGAUCUAUAUUAAUAUAUAUAUUUAAAAUGUAUAAGCCCUGCGUGAGACAUGAAUUUAUUAUAUGUAGACCGAGAGAAGAAGAUAUAUUGUUCCCUAAGUGCGUAAUGUUCAAAUCAUAACUACAUUACCUCCUGGCCUGGACCAUAACCUCUGUCGUGUGUAUCAGAUUUUAGACAAUGGGUGCUGCCUGUGACCCUUUCCAAAGCCUUUACAGCCCUAGCUUUUUCUGCUUGACUUCGUAAAUUAUGAGGGGCACCCAUGGCAGCAGAUCUUUACAACUACAGUACAGAGCUUUCUCCUUGCACCAGAUUAGAUGCACAUUUAGAAAGCAUGCAUAUCGGGUAUUCAGGAAAGUAAGAGAACAAUCCUCUCAUUGGCACGGCAGUGGGGUCCAAUUCUACUUCCAUAUUUUAAUAAGGCCAAAGGCCAGACAGCUUUCACUUUCCCUUUAUUUGUGCACCAGUGGUAUAAAUGCCUGUCUGCAUACCCAACGGAAGUCCCUGAUUUUUAUGAUCCCCUUUGCACUUUCUCCAAACACUCCUUGUUAUUAUGUUUGCUGCACUUUACAGGGUAUAUUCUGCAUAGGAGGGCUCAGAAUGCUACUGCUUGGGCUCUACCUGGAAGCUCUGGCACCACAAGGAUAUAAAAAGCCAUUGUGACAGUAAUGUUUUUUUCCACUAUGCACAACAAUUCAGAGAACUUACUCUCAACAACAAACAAAGCUAGAAAUGCUGCUCCAUAUGUUUGGGUAGCUGUACUAGCCCGAAGCCACCAAUGUGGAGGUUAUUCCACCCAAAAAUUCCCACAGUAGCUCUCCAUCUUCUUUUCUGUUGAUUCCUGGCACAAGCUCUGGCCUGCUUUCACUUACUGAGCUUAGGGCCCCACUAAUAAUAUAUAAUCUAUACAAUAUAACAAUUAUGUUCAGGGCUGGACUGGGCCAGUCGGAUGCCAGCAAAAAACCUGGCCCUGGUGGGCCCCGUCAACCCGUAGCCAAUCCUGCGCUGCCCUCCCCAAUCACUCCCCUGCUGCCAUCUCCCAGACAAGGCAGAUGGUAUGUGCAGAGAGGGAGAGGCUUGUGGUGGUUAAGCAGUUGGCGGGUGUCCCUGGGGUAGCAACAUGGUAGGCCUCGCACAUAGGGUUGCCACCCGGCCGGUAAAAAUGAUGCUUGGUACCAAUGUUAUUGAUAGGAAAAAACGUCAAGAAUAUCGAAAGCCCGGAAUCUUUUUCCAGAAAAGGUGGCAACCAUACUCGCACACCCCAGUCUGACCCUGAUCAUGUUACAAGGAAACUACAUGGCCUAACUCUAGCCAGAUUCCUUUUUAAUUAGGAUUGAGUGCUCCUUUAAAUGCUUUCGAUUUCAAUAUUAGUGCAUGGAAGUGUUUGGGCAAAUCUUUCUUGUCCUCCUUUUCACUAGUUAUAGAAGAUUCCAAGCUGAAUGGCUGCCACUUUGUACUCCAUUGAGUAGAAGAUGCCAAGCUUAAUGGCUGCCACUUUGUACCCCAUUGAGUAGAAGAUGCCAAGCUUAAUGGCUACCACUUUGUACCCCAUUGAGUAGAAGUCCUUCUGUUGUCAGAAAAUUAUAUAACUGCUUCUCCUUUACAUUUAUUUUUAGCCCACAAAAUCGGAAUCCCCAUCCAGACCGGAAAAUGAUUGCAUCACACAGGAAAUAUAGCACAUAAUUAAACCUAUAAAAUGGCAAUUAUCCUACAGCUUCCCCCAAUCAGCCAUAUGGCUGCCUUUUGUCUCCAAGUGAUGAGAUAUUUGGGUAACUUGCCAUCAGGGUAUGAUUUUUGCAGGUUUUGGGUUCAUUUUAAUUAGUGAAACCCUUCUCGCUUCUACAAAACGGCCAAAGUUACUUUUCUCUUACUUUUCAUUGAUCUGAUAAAAUAACAGUAGUUCUGUCUUGCUUUAUGGCAGGGAUUCUAGAUAUAUAUAUACUCAGGAUAAGAGCACAAGUCUUAUAAGGCCAUCUACUGCAACUAAGAUGUGUUAACAAUGUAUAAAGGUUUUUAAAAAUUGGGGUCAUUGACUGUUAAAUGUAUCUCUUUAACACCAGGAUGUCCAAACAGUAGAUCAUGAUCUAGCAGUAGAUUCUGAGCCAGUGAAUCGCAUUUUCAUGGCAGUCUUUGACUUAGACUUUUAAGUUGUAGAUAAUUGCACUAAAAGUAGACCCUGCCUCACCAAAAUCUUAACUUCCCUAUAACAAUACGGAUGCUCUUGCUUGAACCCUGUGCAAGAUAAACCAGUCGCAUGUUUUUCUGCCACACCACUUUUAUUGCCAAUUAUAUAUAUAUAUAUAAUUUCAACCAUUUGUCUCCUGAGCUUUUAGCAAAGGGUGUCCAUUGGCGAGGGAGAGUUAUUGUUCUUGAUAUUGCAUACUGUUAUUCUGGCCAAUGUCACAUUACACUCGUGCAAAAGCGUUUAGCGAAUAAUAAUCCUGGAGGCACAAAGUAUUUUUAAUUUCAUUGUGCUUCGAGGUCUAGUAACCCAUAGCUACCAAUCAGCAGUUUGCUUUCAAUCAGUAAAUGUACCCUGCUGUUUGGUUGCAAGGGCACCGUUGGGUCAUUUAAAAACACGUGGGCAGUAACCCAUGGCAACCAGAGGUUUGUUUUGAUUGUUCUACCUGCAGCUGGCUGGGAAAAGCUAAUCACUGAUUUGUCGCUAUUGGUUAUUCCCCAUCUACUAAUUUGCCCAAUGUUUAUUAAGGAGGGGAACUGUCUCAAGCUUUCAUUGGUUUAUCGCUCAGGUGGAAUAUCAGAUUUGAGACCCUCAGAUGUGACAGGGGAUAUUCUGAGACAUGACUGAUCAGCUAUAUCUAUGUGAAGGAUAUAGACAGAGAUCUUAACCUGUUAUGCAGGUGUGACUUAGGGGGUUAUUUAUUAAAGUCCGAUUUUUCAUAGUCCAAAAAGUCUGAAUAAAAAGUAUGCCAACUCAGACCUGGCGAGAUCAUGUAAAAGUCAAUGGCAGAUGUCCUGAAGAUAUCCGAAUUUGCAAUGGGUUUCCGAAAAAGUUGUGGUAUUCGGCGUCAAAUCCGAAGAAGUCGCAAAUGCAGAUUUUUUUGCAGAUCUUAUUGUGACUUUUCUCGCACAAGAAUUUUUCUGAAAAAUUUAAUUUUAAUGGGGGGGAAGUCAGUGUGGAUUUGGUCGGAGUGACUUUCCAAAAAUAGUGAGAUAAAUUCGGAUUUUGAUAAAUAACCCCUUAAUGUUGUAUUCCUGAAUUCUAACUCAGCCUGUGACAGUCAGGCUCUUGGUUGAACUACACCUCCCACCUGGCUAGUGUUGCAUUCUGGGCGCUGUAGUUCAACAAGACCCACAAUCUCACAGGGGUUUACACCUUUGAUCUCUCUUAUGAAUGGCUUCUAUCCCGUGUUUUUUUUAAAUUUUGUAUGCUCCCAGCAUGCUUGUGGUGUGCUGAUUUAAAGGCACAACACUACUGUACAGACCUGGAUGUGUGUAUAGACUAUAUAUUAUAAAUAUUUCCUAUGGAAUGUUGAUCCAGCCUGUGCCGCGUUGGGGGAGGGUUGGGAUUUGGGGCAAGUAGCUCUCUGUGGGACAGGUAUCUUGUCCUUUAUUUUAUUUGUUUAAUUAAUGGUUCUGUUUUUACAACCAAUUUGGGACUGAAUUACUUUGUUUUUUUUUUUUGUGUUAGCCGUGGUGGGCUUGGGGAGGGAGGGGAUGACAACAUAUUAAGUAUAUAUGGAAACCAGAUGUAUAUAUUGUGUAUAUUUAUUGCUUCGGAAACGAGAAAAAAAAGUCUGUUACUUGUGUGUA